GCCCGAAAAAAACAUGUCGGGGAUUCCAUUCAGUUUCGUCUCUGUGAAAAUCCAUUCUCUCACUCUCGGCAUACACCCGCCCUCGGCUCGCCCCGCUCCCCCUCUCACCGUUGCAUGUCAGUUCAUUAAGGCGUUCAUAAAAGGCCGCCUUCGCUCAUUCAUUCAUUCAUUCGUUUCGUCCGUUCGAUCGUCCGAUUGCGUAAUUCCCACAUGACUCCCCGUCCGUACUCCCGAUGACAUUCGAUAUUAAACGUUCUGUUAUUAAUGAUGUUCCAUCAGCGGUGUCAAACGGUAAUGUCGUUGAAUCAAUUGCGUGGGAAUUGUUAGCCUUGGAUCGACCCCGCGGGCAGGCAUAAUUGCCGAGAGGCUUUUUUCAUCGACGUUCUGAGAUUUUUCUUCUGUUCGUGAUUGGUUUAGAUAAUUCCAUACUUCCCUAUGUGCAUAGCUUCAUGAAUCAUAGUGUUAAUGGGCAGCAAUUAUUGAGCUUGCGACCAGAAGAUUUAGAACACUUGGGUGUAUUGAAACUCGGACACCAAGAGAUUAUACUUGAGGCUGUGGAGUUUCUGAGAAAUUUUCAUUAUGAACUGGACAGGGAAAAUUUACAGCUGCUGGCGCUGCGACUGUCGUGCCAAGCUCAUAGCUUGCACAAUGAAUUGUCACGUCAGACUGAUUCAAAGCCUGUUACUACUCAAACAUUAUCAGAUGUGGCAUCGGUUGUGAUGGCAGUGAAACCUCUAGUGAGAUGGCUAGAUCGUCCCCCAUUCAGUGGGCAAUUAGAAUAUAAUGACAAGAAGGCCGAAUUGAUGAAGCUGUCUCUAGAAAUGGCCACAUGCGCGCAAAGGGACAGAUUCGCUGAAAAACCGAUCGAAGAAAUUAGAACGACCUGUGGUCAAUUGGCAAAAUUAGCAGAUUAUAUUAUUCAAGAUAUUGUUGACCCCAUGAUUUUGCAGCCUGCCAGUUUAGAUCUAGCAACGUUAAAGAAGAAAUCUGGCGAUGAUUUGGGUUUUUAUAUUUUACCAUCUUUUCAUGGAGCACACCAGAUAGCCGAGAUCAAAUUUGGAUCUGCCGCGCAUCAGUGCGGCAAAAUGGAAGAGGGAGAUGAGAUAGUUCAGGUAAAUUAUCAAACGGUAGUUGGUUGGGAGAGAAAGAACCUGCUUGAGUUGUUUCGUGAGAGCCCGGCAGAAAUCCUCUUGACUUUAAAACGUAGACCAAGGCAUACUAAAGUUUAUGGGCAGAUUUACAUAAAGCCGUAUAGACUUCCAAGUAACAAAAAAACCUCCUACGCAACACGAUGGCAACAUAAUCUUCCAUCUCCUAGGCCAGAAUUAUUAACAAUACCUGACUUUACAAUGCCGUUACCUAGACACAUACCAAAGAAUCCCAGCCCGGAACCGGCGAGUAUUUUAGAUACGGUUAAUAUGUUGGACACGAUGGCUACAGACAGUAGCGACUCAGAUAGCGAGGCGGAACCACCGCUUCCAAUCCGUCUCUACUCCACCAAGCCGAGAAGCUUGGUCCAAAGACGAGCUACGAUAACAGGCGCCAGUCCCACGACUAAACACGGCAUCGAUAUCGAGCAAUUUUGGAAGGAGCUGAAGCAGGAACACUGCACGACCUUCCAAUUGCGCGACAAAGCGGCGUCUUGCGCCCACGGUCUCGACAGCGUGCCGUCGAACAUACGGCCGCAGACGUGUUUGGGCAUAGAGCCGGUGAAGAGGAGAAAAAAGACUGACGGCCAAUUGGACGGCAGGAAGGUGCAGUUUCAAGAGAAACCGCCGAUCGACACCGAGCAACGGGAGAGCAGCGCCGUCCAGCCGGACGACGGAGCGAAGAGGGUGACGCGCGACGCGAGAGUAGUCACCGCUGGGAGCUGCGAAAACGGCGGCGAGAAGAGCGUCGCGAACAAAGACACGAGCAGGGAGCACUCCCGCUCCGCGGACAACGUCAACGAUAGCAAUAACUUCAGUGAUACGACCGUGCCUUUGGACGAAUGUAAUAACUUUAUUAGCGAUGUGCGUAGUAUUAAUAGUAAGAGCUCGCCGGUGAGCAAAGAGAUCAUCACCGGCGUGCGGUGCGUGAAGGAGCGCGGUAAGUUGGACAAGAGCUACAGUACGCCGGCGUACGACCUGUCGGAUCUCGAGGACAAGGAGGACAGGAAGUUGGCGCUCUUCGACGGUGGUCCGUUCUGCAAAUUGGACUUACCGUUUCAUUGUUCGAGCAACGGUACGCCGCCGGCUGGUGUUCUAACAAAGACUGAUGCGCACCCGUCGUUCACCGAGAGCGCCGACGAUCACAGGAGAUCGAGGGACUCGCAGAGGGAGCCCGCCGCCAAGAGAUCGGGCAACGUCGCGCGGAAAGUCAACGACAUCGAGAAACAGCUCGCCCAGAUCGAGAGCGCGGCCGAAUCGGACUCGCGUAAGAAUUCCGUCGCGCGCGCCGACGCGAGUCCCAGAGCCAGCGUGGAGCAGCGAAACCAAAGCAAUAUCGAGCGUAGCGUAUCGGACGCGAGCGACAAGUGCGACUCGGGCAGCGCCGAGGCUGCCUGCUCGAGGAAGAGCUCGCCGUGCAACUGUCGUGAAGACAACCACUCGGAGCUGUCGUGCAGCGGCAGCAGCGUCGAGGGAGACGCGAUGUCGCGGAGGUACCCGGAGGGUCAAGUCUCGCUGGCGCUCGACGGCGCUCUGAUUCAGCACGCGAGGAUGAAGUCUUCCACGACCGCCGAAACGACAGGACCACCGCUGUCGCGAGCAGCAACGAGCAGCAGUUUUGCGGUCGAAGACGACCUGACCAGCGUCGCUCAUGGUGUUUCCAGGAUUCAGAUCGGCAUGAAGCCGCAAGCUAAGUGCACGUCGGACUUGGCUACGGUGCAGUCUUGCCGCUACAUCGAGCUGCCGAAGGUCGAGUCUGUGAGGAAGUAUGAGAGCAAGCACCACGCGACACCGCCCGAGCCUCCGCCCCGGUAUUAUCCGAAGCAGACGACCGACGUGAAGACGAACAACGCUCCGAGGAUUCCGGAGGACUCGGACAAGCCGCAGGUGCCGGAGAGACCGAACGUGAGACGGGAGUUGAAGAAGGUGGAUUCGAUUUCACCGUGGCAUCACGCGAGAAGCAAUUCGGACUGCCAGGACAGGAAGGACUCGCUCCUCGACGUGUGCACGUUCAGCUACGCGGAUAAUUCGUUCGACUUCAUCGACGAGUCGCGCGCGAUGAUCGGUCUGAACGAUCAGAAGUUCACUCAGUCCGACGCCUCGUUGUACAGCGAGAGCAGCGACAGGCAGCUGAGGGAAGAUAGAUACGCGUACGAGAAGUACGAGCCGUACACGGAAAGGUUCGCCUGCCUCGGCCAAACCGCGAUAGACGGCUACAGGUCCGAGUAUUCCCCGCGCCACGUCGAGUGUCCCGACGGCGUGAUGAGCUCGAAGCAAAUGAUGGCCCUGCAACUGAGGCCGAAGCUCUCGGAGAAGGACCGGAGUUUCGAGAAGAGCGUCGUGAACAGAGCGAUGAUGGUGGCCAGGAGUAUCGGCCUGCACGGCAGCUUGAGUAAGUCCAACAGCAGCCCGAGGAGCAACAGGAAGCGAAACAUACUAUUGGCUAAGAGAAGAAACGUGUCUGUGAGAGAGAUCGGCGCUGGUGACCUGGAGGGAUGGUUGACAUACCGUAGCAGAGGAGCAGGCGGAGCGUGGGCAAGGGCCUGGUUCGUGCUGAAAUGUUCAUCUUUGUACAGGUUUAAAACGCAGGACGGCGCGAAAGCCGACUGCUUGAUCGCGUUAGCAGGCUUCACCGUGUCGCAGGCAGCCGAGGUAAAGUCAAGGAAGUACGCCUUCAAGGUCUAUCACACGGGUACGGCGUUUUACUUUGCCGCCGAUACCGAGGACUGUUUGAGCCUGUGGCUGGACGCGAUCAAUAAGGCCACUCUGGGCGCAGACGGUUACAAUCAAAACGCCGGACUCUACAGCGAGACCGACGAGAGCGACGGCGAGAGGAACAGGAUGAGGGGCACACUGGAAUCCAGGCAGAGUUUGGACAAAUCCUUCGGCUCGUUGAAGAAGAUCGCGCGGAAGGACAUGGUGUUCAAGGAUCACGAGAUCGUCGGCGCGAGCCUGGAUCGCAAAUACUUGAAAUUCCUCGGCGCGAAGAAUCAAAAUAUGCCCGUGCCCACGGCACAGUUCCGCAGUUACAGAAGAGUCCUGCCGACGUCGACGCCCAACAAGAAAGAAGACUCCAACUCGAACUCUCCGGACCUGCAGAUGACCAUCGCAGGCAGCACGUUCUACGGCUUGAGCACCUCCCAGAGCGCUACGGACAUGUCAAGCCCGUCGAGCAGUCAGGACAUGGGCGAUUAUCGGCGCGCUACGGAUAGAUCCGUCGGUGGCCGUGGCAGAAGAGCGGACGACCUGCAAGGCUUCCUCACGCUGGAGGCGUUCAUGCUGUCGCAGCAAGAAGAGGAUCAGCAGCGGCCAAGUAGCGCGAACAGAUCGAUGUCGCCGCGCAUCACGCCUCUAACUAACGACCACGUGCACAUCCAGCACAGGAACUUCAACGACAACGCGUGCAGCAACGAGCAGGUACGGCAGUUGAGUGACGCGUCGCCAUCGGGCGACGACAUCGGCAGUGUCUACGGCAGGAUCAACAACGAGAACAACGGCGCAGCCGUGUACGGUCACUCGAGGCACGCGAACACGCACUUGUCGCGUCAGCCCGCCGGCGACCUCGUGGCCGGCCGGUCCGAGGGGAAAAGCGACUGUGCGAGCGACAGGUCGUCCUGCGGCAAGUGCAAGACGAGUGCGCACGAGAAGAGGACGUGGGACGCGCAGCAGAGAAGGGCGCAGCAGGAACAGCUGGCGAAUAGCCAGCAGAGCAGGAACGGCGACGCGAUGUACUGGAGGAACGCGAUGAAUCCGAGCAGACAGGACUUCCAGGGUUACAGCAGGGCUUAUGAGCAGCACAACUGCUAUCCGCAGUCUUCCAAUCACGAGAGCUACGUGACGCAUGAUUAUCUUCCGUCGAGGGACGUCGGGAACUUGAUGGAGGACUUGAGGCCGGUGCCGAAGCGACUGAUUAGGAACGACGGUUACUCCGGGUCCAGCAGCGACCUCACGUCUCACGCGUCGUCGGAGACGCUGCAUCGCGCGAAGAAGGACGUGCUAGUCAGCCGGAAAGGGAGCUUCAAUCUCACCAGUCGUCACGAGUACAGCGCAUCCGACAAAUACUGGCUGGACUCGCUGAGACGCGGCGAUAAGAAGGCGGCCGCGAACUGCGAUAAGAACCGUUUGAAGAACGUGGCGCAGUACCAGCCACCGCCCAUACCGACCUCACCCUUCGAACUGGAGGGCAUGAGGGCCGCGUUCGAGAUGCACCUGGACAAGGGUGAUCAGGUGCAGAAGACGAGUCGCCUGAAGAAUCUGUUCGGAACCAAACAGCAGAAACCCUGCACGCUGGAUCUUCCCAAGGAUAGCCAGAAGACCAUAUUAGAAAUAAUCAAGUGCAAUCUACGAGGUAUUUCCGCGAGACGUGACUCUGAAUCUGACGAUCGUUGGGCGCGAGCAGGUUCGCCGAGACUACACAGAGCGCUGUUCCGCGACAAAUGCUCCAAUCAGUCGCAGCACCGACUGUCCACUCGUUCCGAUAGUCAGAGUCCCGGCGACAGUGGGAUCAGCCAGUCUCACAGCUCUUUCAGCGGGAACAGCCCUUCACAGACACUCAGCCAGAGUGUCAGUUCGGUCAGCUCGGCCAGUGACUGGAGCCCCGAUACGUCAACACCUUCCAACGUGUCAAAGUACGGCAGCGGGUAUUCAUCCGGCCAGAAGAUCUAUCCCGAUCUGUCGAACAUCAGCAGGAAUUUGCUGGCGCCACCAACGUUACCAUACAUACCGCCGCCGACGUCUCCGCCACCCGAUUAUCCCGAUCUGGAGUACCCGCCGGUGUUCGAGCCCGGCGCUUAUUCCUUCUCGGACACGUCGUUGCUGCGCAAUCGCGGCAAAAGUAGUCAGAACGCAGCCCAGUGACAAGCCAAAUUCAACGCUCCGAUAAUGCACCAAAGAUAAUAAUUUUCUUUGUAAUGACGGAUUAUUAUAAACGUCCCGACAGAGGCAUAAUUGAGUUUAACCGAUAAAUCGCGUUUAGCAAUUAGUAUUCCGCCAUGAAAUAUUUCAAAGUAUAUGACCGUCCACUCGCACGAGCGUAAACGAGCGUGUACUCUUGCGUAUAGCUGACGAAAAUCGUCGACGAGUUUAUUUUCCUCCAAAGCUGCUAUGAGGCGAGAGAUAUGUAUUUUGCGAAAAGCCGAAUAUAGCGAUACGGAAGACUGAACUAAAUGUUAUCUAACGUCGUGCCGUUAGAGAUACUUGUAAGUAGCAGACUCGUCUGUUCCGGAAUUAUUCUGCACAAUUCAGGAUGGAAUCCUACAUUGUUACUGAUAUUACGAUUACUGUUGUUAGUAAUGAUUCUCGAAAAUAAUUCCUUGUGUCUUCUGUAGCAAUAUAGAAACGUACCGCAGCCGUUCAAAUCAUGUCUUACCAGAAUAUUUUUAGGAUUUGUGGCGAAUACUUUUUAAUAUCGUGACUUUAUUCAGUGUGUAGAAGCUAAAGUGUCUUCUGAGGUAUUAUUUCCUUUAUAUAAUUAUAUAUUACGUAUUUUAUAUAUAUAUAUAUAUAUAUAUAUAUAUAUGUAUAUAUAUAUAUAAUACGUAAACAAUAAGACACACUCGACUAAUCAUAGAUUUUAUAAACGAUUGAAUCUUACAAGGUAUCUUAUAUAUAUUUCUUAUGUACAUUUUGGAAACACAUAAUGCCUAAUUUUAAACGUA